GCGGGGGGCUGACAGCGAGCCAAAACAAAUCGUGAAGCCUUACAGGCUACUGGGCCAGUUGGGAGGGGAACUAUGCAGACGCAAGUACCUCUAAGCGACGUUCUCUUCCUCCGCUAAAGUUUGCCGACGUCGGACGAUCUCAAUAUCGAACGAGGCUCCCACUUAACAUGGCGUUUCAAGACGCCAGCCGGUCGCCGGUGAAUCCUGGACAAACGGCCGACGCCUCAUCGGAGCUCCCACCUCACGCCGAACUACCAGCCCCGCCUCUGGGUUCUUCUUUCAUCCGGAGAGGUUUGAAGAGCUUCAGCUUCAGCCGGAAGAAGACUGGGCCGGCAGAGCCCCAAGACACGUGGGGUCCCUUGGGUCUACGCGUGCUGCACUCACCGCCCAACCCCCUUAUUGAUGUGAUCUUUGUCCAUGGCCUACGGGGCGGAUCAGUCAAGACAUGGUGUAGUUCUGAAGACUUGCAGCUCUUUUGGCCGGAGGCUUGGCUGCCUCGAGAAACGCAUCUUCAAGACGCUCGAAUCCAUUCGUUUGGUUACAACAGUGAUUGGGGAAAUACCACGGACACUUCUCUGGAUUUGCAAGACUUCGGCCGGGCGCUUCUCGGCGAGAUGUGGACUUCUCCCGUGCUCGUGAACGGGAAAGAGACACCCAUCCUCCUUGUUGGGCAUUCUAUGGGCGGUUUGGUCAUUAAAAAGGCCUACAUUCUGGCACGGCAGAGUGAUCGGACCCGUGAACUAGCUGGACGAAUUCGUUGCAUGUUCUUUUUAGCAACUCCUCAUCACGGGAGCGAUUACGCAAAUCUUCUGAAUAGUAUCUUGCGGGCAAGCACUAUUCUCAGCCCGAAGCAAUAUGUUGCAGACAUCGCCCGUGAUUCUGCUGCGAUAACCCUCAUCAACGACGAGUUCGAACCAUACGUAGAGGAUCUGCGCACUUGGUCCUUUUACGAAACGAUCAAGACAAGAAUCGGCGUCAAUUACGGCAUGGUCGUAGAGAAGAGCUCGGCGGUCAUUGGGCACAAGAACGAAAUCACUCACCCUGUAAAUGCGGACCAUAGGAACAUCUGCAAAUUCGACAGUCCUUCUCACCCAAACUAUGUCUUAAUCCGAAAUUGCCUAGUUCAUGCCGCCCAGAGUUUGCUUGGUGACGCCCUCAAGCAGCGAGCAGAUGAAAUCAAGUUACAAAUGACUGUCCUUGGCAACUUUUUGCAAACAACACACAGUUCUGAAGAUGACCUCAAUACCAUCGAGUCAAAGAAAACGAAGGGAUCAUGCCACUGGUUAACUAGCUUGGAUUCAUUCAAGGACUGGCAGGCUCUGGAAAGUGAGCUUCCUGUAUAUCACUGGCUCACCGGCCAGGCAGGUGUAGGAAAGUCCGUCCUCACAACACACGUCAUACGACAUCUCCGGGGACAAGGUGUUGUUACCUGUUACUAUUUCUUCCGGCAUGGCCAAGAAGCUCGGCAAACAACCAGCAGCCUUCUUCGUGCUUUAGCGUUCCAGCUGGCUCUCCUACACCCGCCUGUUCGAGAGACUCUUUUCGCGAUUCAAAAAGCCGGUGUUCGUCUCGACAAAGACGACGAGAGGGCGAUCUGGCAAAAACUCUUUGCCAAUGGCAUUUUUCAGGUACCGAUCUCAACAACUCAGUACUGGGUGAUUGACGGACUUGAUGAGUGUGUCGACUCGGAGAGGUUGUUACUCUUGCUGCAAACGCUCGCCUCCAACUUUUCCAUUCGGAUAUUCUUCAGCUCUCGGCGGCUUCCGGACUUGGAAAAGCAUGUAACGCGUUCGCAGUCUCCUGUUUACCGCCACCACAUCACGAGGGAGCAGACUAAAGCGGACAUCAAGCAAUUUGUGGAGAACAACUCGGCCGAACUUCCGGUAGACCCGGAACGUAGGCCUGCCUUGACGGACAAGUUGGUGGACAUGUCAAACGGCGCUUUUCUCUGGGCUGAAUUGGCCCUUGAUGCACUCAGAGGCGUGUUCGGCGAAGAAGAGAUUGAGACGGUUCUCAGCGAAUUGCCUACCGGCAUGACUCCGCUCUAUGGCCGCAUUCUCGAAUCCAUGGGAAAGAACCGGCGACAGGUCAGAAUCAUCAAGGCCAUACUCGAAUGGACUGUUUGCGGCGUUCGUCCACUGAGCACAACCGAGUUACAUGCGAUCCUGGACUAUGACCUAGGUUCCAAGGUUCUCAGCAUGGAACGGGCCGUCGAGGAGCUAUGUGGGCAGCUGUUGCAAAUCAACAAUGGCAGGGUUCAGAUGAUACACGCAACCGCUCGUGAGUUCUUGCUUGGAGAAACUUCGAAUUUGGACUUUCGUGUCGAUCAAGGCGCCACAAACGAACAUUUGGCGACCGUGUGCCUGAAGUACCUCACCAGCGACGAGAUGCGACCUCCUAGGCACCCGGCGUUACUCUCAAAGAGAGUCCCCAGGUCUGUCUUCGUGGACUAUGCCUGCACUUACUUCUCGGAACACCUUGUUGCGUCUUCGUCCUCCUCGGAUGAGCUGCUCCUGUUGGUGGACAAAUUCCUCGGAAGAAAUGUCCUAUCCUGGGUCGAGUACAUCGCAAGGGAAAGACAGGAUCUCUACCAUAUCACCCGAGCAUGCAAAAACAUUCAGGGGUUCCUGGAACGACGGAAACCGGCACCCUUGCCACUCGAGGAGAGUUUUCGCAACGUCGAUGAGUGGCGAACGGAUCUCUCACGGAUUGCCUUGAAGUUUGGCGACAACAUUCUUCAGGACCCUCCGGCGGUGUACUUUCUUCUACCGUCGUUAUGUCCCGCCAAUUCAAGAAUACACAAACAAUUCGCACCGAUCAACAGAGGAUGGCGGCUCAGCGGGCUCAGCAACGCUUCUUGGGAUGACUGCAUCUGUUUCAUGGACCAUCGGCAAUCCCGAGCAAUGUCAUUAGCAAGUUGCGACGGGUUGUUUGCGAUUGGCUUCAAAUCUGGAGUUGUUAGACUGUACCAGCAGUCAACCUACCAGGUGAUUUCCUCUUUGAAUCACGGAGAACCGGUCAAGAUCUUGAAAUUCAGCAAUUCUUCUCAUCUAGUAGCAUCCGGUGGUUAUCGACACCUUAAGAUGUGGUCGGUCACCGGGGAGCUCCUUUGGUCUAUCCCUCAUGGAGACCCGUUGUCGGCCAUCGCUUUCACGGAGGGAGACCAGUGGUUGGUAGUAGCCAACAAGCACAAUACCAUCAUCACACUCGAGGUAAACGACGGAACGAGGAAUCGGCAUGAUGAAGAUGAGAAUGCACAAGACCUGAACCUGAAGCCCAAGGAAGGUUCCUGGCAGAUUGUGAUCAGCGCCGACAUAUGCCCCAGGACCGAGCUCCUUACCGUUGCACGCCGAGGCCGUCCACCCGAAAUAUGGAGCAUAGAAGCCGAUACCAUGAUCACUACCUGUCACUUGGCCCGAGACAAGCCAAACGUCCCCAUCAUGUCCGCCUCACGGGUGCUCUUCAAUCCAAACCGAGCUAUCGAGCUCUUGGCGGUGUCAUACCAGGACGGAGAGCUUGCAAUUUUUGAUACUUGGGCCGGCGGGGAUCGAGAGGUGAAAUCGCUGUCCGCUGACUCCCUGACACUCGCAGCGACCGCAGACGGAAGGACGCUAGCGAGCGGCGAUGGCCGUGGCACGAUCAAACUUUGGGAUUUUGAAAGUCUCACGUUGCUCUACUGCAUCAAAUCUACAGACUACGAGGUCAGGACAUUGGCUUUCAGCGGGGAUGGGCUGCACUUGUACGACAUCAGGGACACGAAAACGAAGAUAUGGGAGCCUGCUGUUCUCGUCCACAGGAGCAUCCACGAUCAAGAUAGGUUCGGUGAAUUGGCUCCGCCGCCCGCCCCGGCGGUGGGUCGACAUCGUGAGGUCAAUGAUAUUAUGACAAUACACGGACCACCAGACGCGGGAUGUAUUUUCGCCGGGAUGGAUGAUGGCUCUGUCGUUUCAUACGAUUGGGAAACGGGCCACAUGGUUUCCACACUUUACUCGCACCGCCGGUACACCUUCGUCACCAGCAUCUCGUGGAACCCCUUCAUGAUAGCAAGCUCUGAUGCUACCAACAAAAUUGAAGUGCACAGCCUGGGCAAGUCGCUACCCGGCAUUUGGUCUUCUGCCGGAAAACAGUUCGAGAAAGUUGCGGAAGGCAACCAAACGAUACAAAAGCUCCUACUUCACCCCAGGGAAUCCUGGCUGUUGGUUUUGCAGGCCCGCCGAUCGAUGACGGUCGAUCUCCGAACGGGGCAGGAAUAUCCCAUACCGGCACACACCGGUGACGACCACCGCGCGUGGGCAUGGCUUUGUCAAACGCCGGAUUCAACUCUCCUACUUGGGGCGCGUGCUUGCGAAGUCGACAUCCGAAUAUUCGAUAAGCCUGCUUCUCUUGACGAUUGGCGCGACCGCAAAUGGCAUCCUACAAGCAGCGGAAAGGGGCUGGAACAACCGAUCGACAAGAUUGAGGUUGACAAGCAGCAGAAAUAUAUCGCGAUUCUGCUCGAGGCAGCAGGCCAUGAUUCACACGUCCCAAGGCUUUUAGUUUACGGGGCAACCUACAUGGAGGACGAGACGGAGGGUGGAAUACUCACAUUCCCUGAAAUCCUUUCUGUCCCGGCUCUAGCAAUGAAGACAUUUCUAGGGUUCUACGGAAGCCGAAUCGUAUAUUUAGACCACCGCCUAUGGAUUCGGACCAUCGACCUCUCCCGCGUGGUUACGAACACCGCCUUUGACGCGGUCCCAUCUGAGCGGUACACCUUCAUCCCCCCCGAGUACGUCAGUGGCAACAAUGGCGUGGACGGCGCCGUGACGGGCAUUGGUUCGGUUGUCUUCCCCAAGGACGGAGAGAUGGUUGUCCUCAGGAAUUUGUUCAAAUGGCCAUUCACUGCUGAACCGGCCAAGCUCCGCGCCAGCUUCUAGCUAAUGUGAAAAUAUGGCCGCUCGUCAGCCCAAAACCGAACGACAGAGCUAGGGGCUACAAAAUUGAGUAUGAGAUAGAAAGGCAGAAAACUCCCACCCCGGGCCCAUGAGCUACAAUAGUGAUACACAUAACGCCGCCUAUACUGACCCUCUCGAGUAAUUACCUACCUAAGUGAAG